UUCAUUAUUAGCUCCUGUGUCAGGGGGAACGGGACUUGAAAUGAGUUAAUUGAAACCAAUUGAAAAAUAAAUGUAUACAAUUUACAAGAAUCAAACGGAGGCGGCACAAAUCGUAUUUACUAAGAAUUGGAAGCCGAUGCAUUUGUCGCUUUGGACGGACGAUAUUCUGGUUUCAAACUGUUAUUGCUAUGAUAAUGACUGGUCUAUAUUAAGCAAGCAAGAAGAUUGCUGACCCUACAAGGAGGAAUUCGUUUAUCGCACAGCACCUAGACUUCCACGAAAGGAGACACACAAUGAUUGCUUACUUUAUUUGGAGGGGAUGAGUAGUGCUUUCCCUGACUGCCAUUUAUGAAUCGCUCGCAAAGGGCGUAUCAAUACGACACAGCAAAUCAAAUGAACAAUCGAUCACACAAAUCUUACUUCAAUUGUGGAAUAUGGCGCAAUUUCAUUUAUACACAAACAACCACAGUAAACAUAUUCCAUCUCCUGAACCUGCUAUUGAUAUAAAUCGGAUCGACAAUGUCCCACUGUGCCACUGCCACGAUGUCCAGUUGCGGUUUUUGGUUCCAGAUGAUUUAACCGAGGUCCGAACAUUAUGCCAAGACUGGUUUCCCAUUGACUAUCCUUUAUCUUGGUAUGAGGAUAUAACAUCCAGUUCAAGAUUUUUCUCAUUAGCGGCUGUAUAUAAUUUAGCUAUCAUAGGUUUAAUAGUGGCGGAGAUAAAACCAUACAGAAAUCUAAACAAAGAGGAUAAAGGCAUUUUACCUGAUAGUAUGGGCAAAACCGCAGAUGUUGGUUAUAUUCUAUCACUGGGCGUACAUCGAAAACAUCGUCGAAAUGGUAUUGGAUCGUUGUUAUUGGAUGCUCUUAUAAACCAUUUAACGACGGCCGAAAGACAGUCGGUUAAAGCAAUAUUUCUUCACGUGUUAACAACAAAUCAACCUGCCAUAUUAUUCUAUGAAAAACGAAGGUUUAGCCUGCACUCUUUCCUGCCUUAUUACUAUCAUAUAAGAGGCAAAGGCCAACGUGACGGUUUUACUUAUGUUACCUAUAUAAACGGAGGUCACCAGCCUUGGACAUUAUUAGAUCAUAUAAAGGACUAUGCAUCAAAAUUACGGCAGACUGGCGAAGUCUUCAAAUGGGUCUCUGCACGCGUGAGACAAGUGGUACGAUGGAUAUGCCAUAAAACUGUAUCACGCUUUAAUUUCGCCCACUGAAACAAAACGCAUUCAAAUUGGCAAAUCAUCAAAGAGCAAAUAAUAGAACAAUCCAAUGCAGAAUUUAUUGUGAAUGUGCGACAGUUCGAAGUUAGCUGAACGAGUAUAUAUCAGAAAUGUAUAUUAUAGCUUAAAACUAAUUUAUUAACUAAAGAACAUCAUGCCUAUGUAUUUAUUGUUGAACUAUUUAAAACCUGUAAUAGGGUGUAUUAUUUGACUCAAAUGCGUGAACGAAUCCAGUCAGUUAUCAUGGUUUUGCUUGUAUUUUAAAAUGGAACAUGGAACGCAACGCGCCUAACUCAUCCAGCAAAAUAGUAAACUGCAACUGCAUUAACAAUUCAUGGCUUCAUUUUCGAUUGAUAAUGAUUUGGUUCCGUUUUUGUAGUAUUUUUCUUUACAGAACUUUAGAGAUAGACUUUUGAUUUUGUUAAUUUUAUUUUGUACAUAGCAGCAUCAGCCUUUAUUAUUCUGACAAUCCCAUGGCAGCCGGUUGUACGCACCGGAUUGGCCCGAUGGAGUCGCUCAUCGGGAAGGGCUGCCACCUCAGUGUAUAACACACUGCUAGAACAACAACGUCAUCCUGACCGUUUCUAAUGCUCAGCAACAGUAUGUAUGUACAUAUAUGAUAAAUAUGUACAUUCCUCACAACAUUAAAGGCGCAUACCAAAAAAAUCAUGAAUUUUAUCCUAAUUUCUUUAAUUGCAAAAUUAGGUAAUUAUUUUGGAUAAGAAUUAUUUGAAAAUCAAUAGCAUUGGCCUUUAAAUGACUACGCUCUUCUUGUAUUUUAAUUUAUUAUUAUUUGAAAUUGUUAUCAUGUUUUUGUACCGCAUAUACAUUUAUAUCACGUAGUUUACUUCACACUCCACCA